AUGAAGCGGCGACUCUCCGACGCCAACGACAUCCCGUCCCCAUCAACAUCGAGGCCUCGCCACCAUGACCGUCCGGACAACGCCGGGGAUGACGAUAAGCAGCUGCAACUCGCCCUCGACCUUUCGCGCAGGGACGCACAGCUCGAGCGCAUGUCCGAGCAGGACCAGAUCCAGGAGGCCAUCCGCCAGUCGAUGCUGCACCAAGAGGCGGCCGCGCCACCACCAAUACCAGCCGCGCCCAACACUACCAGUCCUCGGCCGCCAAAAGCCGCCACCCCGCUGUCACCAGAGGCCAAACUCCAACCAAUAGCAGCGUCCCGACCAAUCGCCUCGUCGACCAAGAUCGCCCCCCUCUUCGCCUCGCCAGCAAAGGCAAAGCCAAGGCUCGGCGACCACGGCGACGACGGAGACAGCAGAAGCAGCGCCGCAACGGCCGACGCCAUCGACUGGGACCACACCCUCCUCUUCUCGCAGGAGCCAGGACGCACCAUCAACCGCCUCGAUGGCAGCCUCGACCUAGAGUACUGGCCCGGGUGGCUGCUAUCCCAUCCCGACCCGGACCGAGGCCGAAAGGUCCUCAUGCGCUGGAUGCUCAACAGCAUCCAGUGGCACCGCGUCACCUACACCCGCCCCGGCGGCUUCACCGUGCGCACGCCGCGCUACACCACCACCUUUGGCCGCGACGAAACGGGCGCACCAGACAGCGCCUACGACAAGCCGCCCAAGCCCUUCCCCGCACCCCUCUUGAAGAUCAAGUUGCAGGUCGAGCGGCUGACGGGCGCCAGCUUCAACAGCGUCAUCGUCAACUUCUACGCCGACGGCAACGACUCCAUCUCCUACCACUCCGACGACGAGGCCUUCCUGGGACCCAACCCGACCAUAGCAUCGCUGACGCUCGGGAGUUCGCGCGACUUCUACAUGCGCCGCAAAGCGCCCGCCGGCGUCGAUGUGGCGCCGCCGACGAAGCCCUCGGGCUCCAAGGGGUCCGGACCCGCCGCCACGCGUCCGACGGAGAAGAUGGUGCUCAACGAUGGCGACCUGCUGGUGAUGCGCGGCAAGACGCAGGCCGAGUGGGAGCACAGCGUGCCCAAGCGCGCCGGCAACGUCGGCGGGCGCAUCAACCUCACCUUUCGCCGCUGCGUCAGCAAGAGGGGCACCGACAACUUUCUCCGCUACAACCGCGGAGGCGUCGGCGACACCUGGCGCUGGAACGGAACAAAGAUGGUGCCGGGCAAGGGCGGCGUGUAA